AGGACAGCGUUUCCUCUCCCCAGCAUGCGUCUUCGCCUUUCCUUUCUUAUGCCUGUCUGCAUCCACUCUUCUUCUGUUCUGCUCUGACGCUGACAUCUCGCAGCGCUAAGAAUCGUCCACUUCCUCGAAUCAUUUCUCUGUCUCCACGAAUUGUCAUUUUCCACGAAGAUGAACUGAUGAACUGCCUUCUUCAUCUUCGAUUCGAGUAGAGCCUCUCCGAUUCUUUGUGGUUUUGCAUCGUAUAGGAUGGAUUCGUCCACGUUCGAGACGGAUGAACCACUGACGCCGGCCGGACGACUCUUUCUCCGUCCUGAAAUUAACCAGAUUAUUCACUGCGUUAUCGGAGUGCGGGACUCGAUUGAUGUCGAUUCGGUUAAAUCUCAAAUCGCUGGUUCCGUAAUGGUUCAGCAUCCUAGGUUUUCGAGUCUUCUUGUUCGUGACCGGAAUGGAGUUGAGUACUGGCGGAGGACUUCUAUUGAAGUCGACCGUCACGUCAUUGUUGUUGCUGAACCUGUAUUGGACGAUGGAGCCAGCGAUGAGAAGGCGGUGAAUGAGUAUUUGGCUGAUUUAGCGAUUAAUUCGUCGAUGGAUGCCGAUAAGCCUCUUUGGGAGAUCCACUUGCUUUUGGCGCACAAGUGCGCGAUCUUCCGAAUCCACCACGCGCUUGGCGACGGGAUCUCGUUGAUGUCGAUGUUCUUGACGUGUUGCCGACGGGCAGACGAUCCGAAUGCUCUGCCGACGAUCGUUUUGGAUUCGAGGCCAGCGAGGAAAACCAGGCGGUGGAGGUGGGCGGAGGAAAUUCCGAAAAUGUUGUUGGCGGUGUGGUUUAACUUCCUAUUUGUGGCGGAGUUUAUACUUAGGGCUCUGUGGGUUUCUGACCGGAAAUCGCCGAUCUCCGGCGGGGAUGGGGUGGAGCUCUGGCCGAGGAAAAUGGCGACGGCGAAAUUCGCGGUGGAGGAUAUGAAAGCGGUGAAGAAAGCGGUUGCCAACGUGACAAUGAAUGAUGUUCUUUUCAGCGUGAUCGGAGCAGGCUUAUCGAGGUACUUGGAGCAUAGGCAACCCAAGGGUUUGAAAGAAGGGCUUCAGUUAACCGGAGUAGCUAUGGUUAACCUUAGAGAACAACGGGGAUUACAGGAAUUAACUCAAAUGAUGAAAGGAAAUAGGGGAUUUGGAUGGGGUAAUAAGUUAGGGAUUCUUCUCCUUCCCGUGAACUACGAGAAGAAAACACUUGAUCCUCUUCAAUGUGUCGUGAGAACAAAGAAGAUGCUUGACCGAAAAAAACGUAGUUUUGAAGCUCAUUUUUCGUAUGGAGUUGGCAAGCUCAUAAUGUCAUAUUUGGGACCAAAAGUAGCUUGCAUCCUUAAUUAUAGGAUUGUUUGCAAUACAAGUUUCACCAUCUCCAAUGUGAUUGGCCCAAGAGAAGAGAUUACCAUCGGAGGCAAUCCCAUUACAUACAUUAGAAGCACUUCAACAAGCUUGCCCCAUACAAUAACGAUGCAUAUGGUGAGCUAUGCUGGAAGAGCUGAAAUGCAAAUUCUAGUGGCCAAAGAUAUCAUUCCCGAUCCUGAAUUUCUUGCUGAAUGCCUUGAGAAUGCCUUGCUCGAAAUGAAAACAGCAGCGACAAUAUUCCAGACCAAAUAGUGUAUGAUAGUUGACUAUUGACUA